UUAAAUAAUGUUUUUUCCCAAGAAGAACUUUGUGCUUCGUGGGGUGGUCUGGUUUGUUUUUUCCUAGUGAUUAAUUGGAUUUAUAAAGAUCGUAUUGAUUUUCUUUUCUUCGUGAGAGAUUGGGUUUGUAGUGAUCACUUAGGUAGCCUCUUUUUAGUUUCUUUGGAUCGAUUUCCCCUGGUGGUGUGUGUCUUGAUUAGUUUGGAAAAUCAAUAGUUUUCAAGGUAGAUUUUUAGAUCUGCUCUUCUGAAUCUUUGUUCUAAGUGCUUUCUUAUCAACCUUCUUUAUCCCUAAACUUCCUCUUGGUCUGUCCUGUUUUUCUUUACAAGCCAUUGAUCAAGUUUUUGGUUAAAGUUUUACUUAGAUUUGUGGCAAUCUAUUCUCGGAGUUAGGUUACUGUUUUUCUUCCCUGUUGGGUUUGUGUUUUGUUAAGUCCUGCACAUCACAGGAUUACCAAGGUUGUUAGUGUUUAGUUUCUCUGUCCUUCUUCAUCUUCUUAUAGUUCUUCUUUUUCCUGGUUUCCUCUUUAUCGUCUGUCCUGUGAUAUUGGAUCUUGUGAUUUUCAAUCUUAAUUUGUUGUCUUUUAAAGCCGGAGUUUUAACCGGACCAUCUGUGACGGUUAACUGAUCAGCUUUCAUUUUCCUCCUCCUUUCUCCCUAGUGAAUUUUUUCUCUUUUAAUUCCUUUGCCAGAAUCAUUUCUUCACUACCUUUUCUUCCUUUGACUUGGUAAAGAUAUCUUUUCACUAUUUUUGCUUUCUGUUUUGGUGUUAAAGGUAUCUUUUCUUUAAAAAUAAUUUAAAAAAAGAAAAGAAAAAAAAGAAGCAUAUUCCUCUCAAAUGUUGGUUUUACUUUUGUGGGUUUUAUUUUGUGGCCUUCAUAUCUCGGUUAAUCACACAAUCGAUGCGAGGACUUUUGAAGUGCGAAACCUCUGUGAUUGUUUUGCUUGUUUAGUUUUAGAUGAUGAAGAUAACAUCAAUGUUCCGGCUGGUUAUGAUCAGUCUCAUGGUGGUCAGUGAAAAAGUAUCGGAUGAGUUUAGUCUCUACCAUCUUAGUCGAGCAGAUCACGAGCUUAUUUUAAGUGGAGUAAACAAAACCAAGGGGAUCAGGGGUCUUUCAUGGGCUACACUUCAAGCCCAUAUGUGGGUUCCCUGGCGCUCCAUCAGAAAGGUGUUGAUGUUUUCGUGCCGGCAAAUUCAAAGUGACUUCUAUCUUUUUACUACAUAUAGGGGAGACAACAUCACCAAAGCUCGGAAGGAGCAUGAUCGUUUGAUAAUAAGAAGGAUGAUUUCUUUUGCAUCAGUUACAAAAGGUUCUUACUUUCUCCUUCAAGCUGAUUUCAUCCGAGAUGUUAAGCUCGUAUAUGAAUUACUGAUACGUAAUUCCGUAUACUGGCAGUUUACUGGGGUUAACUACCUCAACUAUGUUCAAUCUUCUAUUCAGAAGAUUGCCUUGAUCCCUUUGAGUCGUCGUGGCAGCUCUACUAUCGCUAGUAGAAGGUUUGGGGUCUUUCUUGGGACUAUACUUUCUCUAAAGGAAGAGUUCGAUCCCUUGAUUAUCAAGCACAUAUUGAUAUAUCUUUUGGAAGUAAAGAAACUUCAACACCAUCUUUGCAUGGAAAUAAUUACAUCUUCUAUGAUUAAAAGGAUAUCAGACGAGGAUAAAAGAAGAAUUUAUGAGGUUAAUGAAGAUAGGUCUAUGGAGGGAUAUGUCUAUGCAUUUUUAAUCUAUUUCUUAUGUACAAAAAUUGGUAAGAUGGUAUCUUUCAACUUAGUUUGUAAUUUCUAUCUUUAUAUUGCUGGAGCUUGAUACCAUCCUUGGGACCUUUCACCUGUAUGACUGUCUAGUCGACUGGUGGAUGCGUUCUUAUUUAUGAUAUAUAUGGAUUUGCC